GCCCCACUCCGCCCGCGGCCGGGCCAUGGCGGGGCCGCAGCUGGACGCCGAGCUGGCCAAGCGGCUCUUCUUCGAGGGCGCCACCGUCGUCGUGCUGGGCUUGCCCGAGGGCACCGAGUUCGGCAUCGACUACAACAGCUGGGCGGUGGGCCCCCGGUUCCGCGGCGUCAAGAUGAUCCCCCCGGGCGUCCAUUUCCUCCACUACAGCGCGGCCAGGGGCGCCGGCAGCCGGGAGACGGGGCCGCGGGCGGGCUUCUUCCUGAGCCUGCAGCGCCGGGAGGUGCGGGUGCUGCGCUGGGACGCCGCAAGUGAGGCGGUGGACCUGGCGCCCCCGGCCCCAGGGGAGGCUGAGGCCCUCAGGGAGAACCUGCAGGAGAUGGACAAGUUCCUUGGGCCCUACCCUUACGAGACCCUGAAGAAAUGGAUUUCCCUCAGCAACUUCAUCAGCGAAUCGGUGAUGAGGAAGCUGCAGCCGGAGAGCGGGCAGAUCACCGCCUUCUCCGAAGUGCUCCCCGUUGUGGCAGGGAAGCACACCGAGGACCGCGCGGGGCAGAACCUGCCCCCGUACGACACGGGGUGCAAGAGCUAUGCCGAGGGCAUGGCACGGCUUCCUGAGAUGAAGCCGAGGGCUGGCACUGAGAUCAGAUUCACAGAGCUGCCAAAGCAGAUGUACCCCGAUGGAGCUACUCCAGAGGAGAUUACAAGGCACAGCAUGGACCUUAGCUAUGCUCUAGAAAAAGUGAUUAACCAGCGAUAUGCCAACCAGCCUCAGGAUUUGCUCGCUGAGUUGCAGUUUGCUUUUAUCUGCUUCCUGAUUGGGAAUGUAUAUGAUGCAUUUGAACACUGGAAAAGACUCUUAAAUAUUCUGUGCCGUUCUGAAGUUGCUGUUGGAAAGUAUCAAGACCUUUACACCAAUCUCAUCUUUGUGCUGUAUCACCAGCUCAAUGAAAUCCCAUCUGAUUUCUUUGUGGACAUCGUCUCCCAGGACAACUUUUUAACCAGCACCUUACAGGUGUUUUUUUCCUACACAUGCAAUGCUGCCAUUGAAAGGACCCUAAGGAAAAAGGCUGAAAAAUUCAAGGCUCACCUAACGAAGAAAUUUAAGUGGGACUUUGAGGCAGAGCCUGAUGACUGUGCUCCUGUAGUGGUAGAACUUCCUGAGGGUGUGCAGGUGGACUAAGCAAAUCACCCACUUAAAAACAGCUUUUUUAAAGAACUUUUUCUCUACACCCUCUUUAACUUUUCCAGCUUCCUAAAGUCUGUUUCUGCAGCUAAUUCCUCUUUAGGCUGUAGAAACAGAUGUAGAAAAUAUGGAAGGAGGAAGGAUUCGUCACCUCAUGAGAAGAUCAGAGUUACUGGACCUGUUUGAAUAUAGUGGUAUGGAUGCUUUGGACACUUUGUUUCUGUUUUCUAGCUCUUCUGCAGCAACUUCUCAUUCUAUACUGAACCAACUACUAGAUCCUUGGUCUCUUCUGUCCUCCUGGACCGGAGGUCACACCCAAUUCAGACAGAAGCUGCAUUUAAUGCUUGGAGCCUUUACCAAUCCUGUUUGAUGUCUCAGGAGUGAGGAGUGUAAGCCCACAGUAGGUCAUCACAGCUUUUUUCAGCCUGAGCCCAAACUGUGAGAACUGCUUUUCUAGGCUUGAAUUACAGGAAUAUAACCAGAACUGUUUCAAAACUGUUUGAGACUUAUGUGAUUUAUUCCCAUGUUGUGGUGGAGGACUCAAAGCCACAGCGGAAUUCAGGCCCAUUUUAUACCGAUUUUAUACCACUAAUACUGAGAUAGCUUUUCUUCUAAUUCUGUUGAAGCUUUUGUAUUUACUGCAGAUGCUCUGUUUAGCAUGAUAUAAAAGAAUGUUAGAACUUUGAUAAUGAGAAAUAUAAUGACUGGACAAUAGUCACACAGGUUGGAACAGAGGAGAGCCAGUUUGAGAUAAAAGAUCAGACUUUCACAUGAACUGGACACUACUGCUUUGUUGUAAACAGAAAUCUCAAGUCCUUUCACAGGUGAUGGUUUUUUCUUUCUCCCCAUCCCCCCAAGGCAGGCUGUAAGAAAAUUCUGUGGGGCUCAUUCAGAGCUGCACAAGGAUUUAGUACUGUAACUUGCUUGUUACUUUCUUAGCUGUUAGACUUCUUCAGGUAUUUGUUUGUAUGCAUGUCUAACAAGAUAACAUGCUUGUUAGUCUGUAAAGUUUAAAAUAAAUCUUACUCUCUUAGCGUUGCCUACAGAAAA